AUACCGCAGAGGGGUAUGUGUGAGAUCGCGAAGAGUGAACGAAGAACUUAUCGCGACCAGGACCCGCCGCGAAUAAAGGAGACAGUGAGAUCUCGUCGUUCGAGCGAGUGCGACGAUGCCUCGGGCUACGACGGUACACCCGAUGCCGAUCCGGAUUUCUUCGGGAAAAAGCAGCAGCAACAUUCGCGCAGAAAGGAACCGGCGUCGACCAGCAACGAGGCAACGUUGCAUCGAGAUUCUGACGGCAGUCCCGGCCGGAAUAACACAAGUGCCGGACCAACACGCCUCGUCGCUCAUCGAACUACCAACGUUGACAAUCAUCGAAAGGAUUAUUCACGAGAAUCCUUCGCUAUCAACCAAGUGCCUUAUUCCUCGUUUAACGCGCCACAACAUUUCGGAAAAAUAACUACACCAGAGCAGCAGGUGACCUCGAACGGGGUUAAAAAGGAAGAGGACAGCUGCGAGGUUUUGACGAACGGUAGGGAAAUGGCCCCUGUGAUGGGUGUACCACCGCCGCCGCCACCGGCACCUCAUAUGGGUCCAGAUGGCCUCAUAUUACCCAGAAAGCCUUACAAUCCGUGCCUCAUUUCCAACAACCACAAAGAUCUUCGUAGAGAGCUAUUGUUUCAUCAGAAAACUGGCCGAAGUGUUCUGAAUCAGAAAAGUGAACUUCAAAGAGCUCUGGAGAAGCAGCGAGAAACGACACUGAGAAAAGAGGCUGAGAAAAACCGCGAAGAGACGUACAAAGAUGAUCCGAGGACGGCCUUGCAAAGGGCUCUUGAGCAGAGAGCCAGACACAUUCAGCUCACGGAGCAGCCUCAAGUCGUGGAGCCACCGAAUCCUCUUGUUAAUGCGAGAGCGAAAUUACGGACUCGCACGGAUUCCCAGUAAAUAAGCACCCACAAUGUACGAACAUAUAUUUAGAUUUAUGUAUAUUAUAUAUAUUGAGGCAAAAAGCCUUGUUCCCAGCAGUUGUUAAAAUUCCUCAAAAAACAAGAGAGAGAGAGAGAGAGAGAGAGAGAGAGAAAAAGAAACGAAGAUUAUAGGUAGCGAAAAACUUUGUCAUUUUUCUACGUACGUCUAUAUCCAAAACUGUUUACUGAUUGUGUACAUAAGCACACAUAUAUAUUUACGAAUAUAAAUAUAUAUAUUUGUGUAGAUUUAUUAGGACGUUCGUGCACGAGUUUAUAAUCUCAAAUUGGGCCUUUAUAUUGAACCGAUGUUUAUAUGGACCAAUCACACGUUUCCCGACAAGUCUCAUAGAAAUGAUAUUUACAAAUCUUGUUAAUAUUACUACUGUCAUAAACAUUACUUUUUUUGUACCGAUGCAUCAAAGUUGAUCGUCCUUUGAGGAUGUACUGAUCCAAUCGAAGCAAUGAAAUUGAUCCUAUACAGACGUUGGGGCUCUUUUCAAACGUAAUGUCGUUUGGGUCACAACAAAAUUGGAUAUCGAUGGACACAAAAAAAAUGUAUGGACGCCUUCGAAAAUUCCCGUGUCCAAGAUCUGUUUCGAGAGUGUGAAGUUGAGAUAUAAAUGAUCAUCAUGUUGAUGGUGAAAUUUCACCGGGACAUCAAGUAUUUCUCACUGAACACAAUGAGAUCCGCUUGAAAUGUUCAUACUAAAAUACUCACCUCGUAGUUCUUACUUUGCUUCAGACAUCAUGUAAAACAAAAACUAUGACUAUAAUAUUGAUCUUUGACAACCUAUUGAUAGAAACAAUCUUUUGAACAUUGAUUUCUAAAUGAUUUCGAAACGAUUGAGUAAUCAGUACAUCCUUGAUCACACGACGAAAAAAAAACUACGUAACAUUACGAUCUGCCAAACUGAAUUGAUCUACGGUCACGAGCGAUCUCGAAUCCUAUACUCAUUGUUUACCAGAGUGGCCUGGAUCUUGGGACCAUGUACAAUACAAAUUUUUACCUACGAAAGUAUCAGAUUGUCAAAAAAACAAAUAUAAAGAGGUCACUUCGAAGUCCCUCAUUCGCUUUACGCUUUGCCUGAUCCCAAUCACGAACGAACAUUCGUAUUGUACAAUUGACAUUACUUAUGAUUUAGGACAUGAAUCGCUUCCACGAAUGACACUAAUUAUUUGUACCAUAUUAGUUUGAGGAGUCAAUUUUAACUCGACGUGUUUUACCGAUCGUUGUCUUCACAUUGUGAAUUAGGUUUACGAAUUGCAAUUGUUGCAUUCCUUAAGUAUAUUAUUAUAAAAGGAAAUGAGGGGAAAUAUUUGAACGAUGAUACCGACGAAAUAAAUAAUCGUAGAAAAGUUUCGAAUAAUUAUCAAUUCUCUAAUCACAA